GGGACCCUCACUUAUAGCGCCUCCAUUUCCCAGAAUGCACCGCUCCUUGUGCAUCCGCCAUAUUGCCUUCGCCUAAACGCGCUGGCUGGAUAGGCUCGUACCUACAACAGAAAAUUUUUUGCAGUGAUGACUCAGACAGUUCAGACCAACGGGGUUCAACCCCUCAGUAAGACCUGGGAGCUGAGUCUGUAUGAGCUCCAGAGAACUCCACAGGAGGCUAUAACAGAUGGACUGGAGAUAGCGGUGUCGCCCAGGUCCUUGCACAGCGAACUCAUGUGUCCCAUCUGUCUGGACAUGUUGAAGAACACAAUGACAACCAAAGAAUGUCUGCACCGCUUCUGUGCUGAUUGUAUCAUCACAGCUCUGAGAUCUGGUAACAAAGAGUGUCCUACCUGUCGUAAGAAGCUGGUGUCCAAGAGGUCGUUGCGUCCAGACCCAAACUUUGAUGCUCUGAUUAGUAAGAUUUAUCCCAGCCGUGACGAGUACGAAGCCCACCAGGAGAGAGUUUUGGCCCGCAUUAGCAAACACAACAACCAGCAAGCCCUGUCCCACAGCAUAGAGGAGGGGCUGAAGAUACAGGCUAUGACCAGACUGCAGCGCGGAAAGAGACACACGGUGGAGAAUGGAAGUGGAGCUGAGGACAACGGAGACUCUUCUCACUGCAGCAACGCCUCCGUCCACAGCAACCAGGAGGCGGGUCCGAGCAUCAAGCGCACCAAGACGAGCGACGACAGCGGCUUGGACAUGGAUAACGCUGCAGAGAACGGGGGCGGGGACUCUGUGAUUGACGGGGGAGCCAGCGAAAUAGAACUGGUGUUCAGGCCUCAUCCCACCCUGAUGGAGAAGGACGACGGUCACAACAGCGUGGAGUUCGUUCCUCGUUACAUUAAGACGUCUGGUAACGCCACGGUGGAUCACCUGUCUAAAUACCUGGCCGUCCGACUGGCUCUGGAGGAGCUGAGGAGAAACGCCGAGGCCAGUCCUGUCAACGUGGAAGCAGCUUCAGAGAAACAGUACACCAUCUACAUCCCCACAGCUGGAAACCAGUUCACUGUUCUGAACGGUUCUUUCUCCCUGGAGCUGGUCAGCGAAAAGUACUGGAAGGUCAACAAGCCCAUGGAGCUCUACUUCGCUCCCACUAAAGAGCACAAGUAGACGCACAUAAAAACACACACACUCACACACACUCGGCGGUAGGAAGCGAACACACGGACUGGGCUACACCUGCACACACCAGAAACCAGAGGAGAAGUGUGUGUCUGAAGGAGAUGAAGGGGGUCGUUUAGCCCUCUGAAAGGACUCUGUAAAAAGCAAAAACUCUGUUUUAUAUUCUCUGUAUCUUUCUCUGUGUGUCUGUAGAAGGUAGCAGAUCAGAACAGCAGACUGUAGGUUCUCCCCAAACACCACGGUCCAUCUUCACUCUGUUAGCUCCUUUCUGACUUCAUUAAAUGCGUUCUAUUUGUCUUCAGCACAGCCUCCUUUGAAUGGGAGAUUUUGGACUGAGAAACGAGGUGAAAUGUUGAGUCUGUCGCUGUGGAUUUAGAGACAAAUCCAGCUGUGUCCAAAUGAUGUAAAUACUCGUGGACGUACACGUUGGUGUGUUUAAACUAUACAAGGUUCUGUAAAAUGACUCGUACAGACAGAAAGACCAUCAUUCAUCAUGUAGCAUCAAAGUGUUUUGCUUUUCAGCGUCUGUGGCUGGAAUUCCCCUCUCUGAAAUGUUCGUGCAACUUCGAGUUCUGCUCUAUUAAAAACUUGAUUUGUAAAUUUGAAAAUGUGUUUUCUGGUAGCUCAUCUGAAGGUUUCUUAUCAGAUCACACCACUGCUGGAAGAAGAACUAGAAGCAUUCAAACUGAUCACUUAAAUCUGAUUACUGUAUUCAUUGUUCAGUUUAAGAACAUUAGUGCUUUUUUUUUAAGUUGGACGUCACCCAGAGGGGAAUUAAUCACACAUGUGCAGGUAGUAAUCAGUGUUUGACAUGAAGGAAUCAUGUUUAGAGAAUCUAGUUCUCAUAGAUCUUAAAAUCUAAAUUGGCAUCAAACAGACUGAAACCAACAUUUAUUGAGACACUUUCCACUGCAGGAACUUACAGAAACCGCCUCGUGAUUUGGCUCUUUCUACGUUUCUGUGAUCGUGGUGCAACAAAACAACAACAAACAAACAACAAACUGGAUGGAACUGCGGCUCUAUGAUCAUCAGGGUUUGUUUUGUUGAUGUCAAAUUAAUUUUAUUUCAGGGGCCUCAUUCAGCCCAGUCUGACCUCUGGUGGACCGGCAUCAGAAGUUCACAUUUAAGGAAUUAUCUUUUUACUAAACGUCAUGAACAGCCUGAAAUUUCUGAAGAAAAAUAAAUUCCAUUUCAACCAAAUUCAUCCUCAGUUUAUCAUUUCCACAUUACAACUUCCAGGUCACAGUUUAUCUACAAAAAGGCACAAAGCUGACAGUCAGGUGUCUGGAGCUGGAUUAUAUAGCAUUUAUGAUAAAAAAAACAUCAAAAACAGACAAAACAUUACCAGAACGAGACCCCAAAUCACAAAAGAACAAUCUAUUUUACUUUAUGAUCAAAACAAUUUGUCAUGGUCUAGAAAUUAUUUUAAAUUUAUAUAUUAUAUUUUAAAUUUCUCUCAUUUUUCCACUUUGAGGGCCGGAUUGGACCCUCUGGAGGGCCGCUUUGGGCCCACGGGCCUCAUGUUGGACCCUCCUGGCUUAUAUGGUCAUUUUUGUGUUGUUUGGUUGCAUUUUAAGGCAUAUAAUCAGCAGGUUUCCAGUGCCACUCAGACUGAUUUAUUUCAUUUCUUACCUGAAAGACGUCCUGCAGGUGAACGUGCUCCAAAGGUUCAGGUUCCUCUCAAAGUUCCUGCAGUGGAACAGCUGACCGUGUCCAUGUUCUGUCUCACUGAAGGCCUUUGAGCAGCGCUACACGGUGCUCAUCCACUUACAUCUAUGUAGUGCUGUGACGUUAAAAAAGAGCGAUUUCUCUGUAAUCUGUCCACCCAGGGAGAGUUCAUGAGGGAGGCUGCAGUGUAGGGAACAGCGAGCAUCAAACGGAGGGUGAAUGGAUUCCUGUGAACACAUGAACAGUUUGGAUGGAGGAUCUGGAAGCUGAUGUGUUGAUCUGUUGUCUGUAGGAACAAACUGUCCUCUGAUGUCUGCUCUCUGCGGCUCGUCCUUUUAUAAAUGUCUUUUGUAACCUGCAGCGGAAGCGGUGUGAGAUUGCAGGAGGGUUCUGAGGGGAGGGAGGGGAUGUAUUCUUAUUUUUUGCAGCCCCAUAGACAGUUUGACCGUUAAUGUUCACCAUCUGUCCACAAACCUGCUCCCUCAGCCGUUAAACCGAGGGUUUGGAUAAAUGUUUUAUUCUCUAUGUAGCUAACUUAGGAGUCUGAAUGUCAAACGAGAACAGAACCUCCAGAGGAUUUAGUGACGAUUCAACCUUUCCAGUGAAUGUGAAACCACAGAUGUUGCUUUGACUCUUUUUGCCGCCUUUUUUUGUUGAUGAUUUGUCGUCACACCUCGAGGAACCGCAACAUUUACACACGUGAUCUUUUUAACGGGACUUUGUUUGUUUGAACUGAUGAUGCACCAGUUUGUUUGUUUGUUUUUUUGUUUUUUAAAACUGUGACAGAGAAAUGUAAAGUUUGUUGGUGUGAGCAGAAGUGCAAAGUUGGUGUGAAAAUGUGCCGGCGCUGCGAUGGCUGCUGACGGCCACUAGGGGGCGUGGACACUAAUCUGAGUGAAGCGAUGAGUGUUUGUGCAUCAGACUCUGAAAUGACCUGUCUGCACCCAUGGACUCGUUCUCACUGCUGUUACGACUACGUUUGUUUUUUAAAGGUUGGAAAAGACAUUUUACUGACAGCGAAACCUGGAAGCUUUUUUUGUUGUACGAAAAUUCAAUAUUUUGCAGUGGGUUUAUGAUCGAGCCUCUAUUUGAUUUUUGGAUUCGUACAAACCUGAGCCAGGGAUAAAAACGAGUAGAUUCAUAUUUGCUGCAGCAACAGAAUUGAUGGAAACUCAUUGAUGGAAAGUCAUACUUUGGAAUGGAAAUGAUUUAGUAAGUCUGACUUAUUAGAUCAAAUCUGAGGUUAGAAAGUCAACAAUCUGAGAUAAAAAAGCCAAAUUUUGAUUUAUCCUGUACAUAAUUUAAAAAAUAAAUAAAAAUCACAAUUAACUGGGCCUCCACAGAUGAUUUUUUAAUCUCUUUCUUCAUAUUUCUCCUCCUGGUUUGCGUCGGCUGCAUUGUGAAGCUUUUUCCAGAUGUUUUCAAACUGUUCCACUCUGUCCAUCUCUUUCACCUUCUGUGCAGAUUUAUUUUUAUUUUGUGGAGAUCUGUUCCUCCGCAGAUGCAGCUACAGUUUCCCUGCAUCCAGUUUGGAACUUCCCAGUUGAAAUUGGUGAAAAUGUUCCUUGAAACUGAAAGUUUUAGUUGUUUCUUCUGCCCGAUUCGCUGCAUUUCUUUAAGUUUUGAAUUAUUGGGGAAUUAAGUGUAAAUGUGUCACCUUGGGCUCUGGAAAAUUUAUAGAUGACAUUUUUAAACUAAAUUCUGACAUUUUAUGGACAAAAUCAAUGUACCGAGGAAAAAAGUUAGAUUAAUAGAGAAUGUUAAUGUUUAUUGCUGAGCUCCUGUUCCGUUGUCAUGGCGACGUGGCCUCCAUAACUGAGUUUUUGUUGGUAACGUGCCAGCUGGUCUCACAUCCCAGGUGGGUUUUCUGGGUUUUAGGAAAGAAAGAUUUGAUGUGAUGGCGGUGGAGCUCCCGUCUCGUUUUCAGUCCCAGAGUGUCUGAUCUCUGUGUGGAAUCUGUGUACUGCAUUUUUCUUCUGUUUGGACAAUAAACCUGAAUCUGUGUUCAGAGGAA